GCGUUCAUGCGGAACGAAGGAAGCCGAGAAAGAGGGAGCGGAGCUAAAGAAAACACAGGGAAAAAGGAAAAAGGGGCGGAGGAACGCAACUACUCGGCGAGACGGGGGGGUUUUGGGCGGCGAUCGAAGCCGGCGCCUGGCAGGGAUUAUCUCCGCAUUGUGACUCUCCUUCUCUCUUUCCCUGCGUAGCGAUUCGAUCGGUGCAUUUGGCAAUAGGUUCUCGGAGAAGAGCAAGCGAUGGAGGAGGACAGGAUCCAGGUGUCGUAGAGUUUUUGGGACCUCUGAGAAGGGAACAUCGGGGGACAACGAUUGGCUUUCUGCGAUAGUAGGAGAUAAUGGCAAGCAAGUCAAGUGUAGUUGUAGGAUCACAAGUCUGGGUUGAGGAUCCUGAUGUGGCAUGGAUAGAUGGACAAGUAUUGGAGAUCAAAGGAGAUGAGAUUAAGAUCAGCUGUACUUCUGGAAAGACAGUGACAGCCAAGUUUUCUAAUGUCCAUCCUAAGGAUCCCGAAGCUUCACCUUGUGGAGUGGAUGACAUGACAAAACUUGCCUAUUUGCAUGAACCAGGAGUUUUGCAAAACUUGAGAUCUAGAUAUGACAUGAAUGAAAUUUAUACUUAUACUGGCAAUAUAUUGAUUGCUGUCAAUCCCUUCCGGCGUUUGACUCACCUGUAUGACAGCCACAUGAUGGAACAAUAUAAAGGAGCAGCUUUUGGUGAUUUAAGUCCCCAUCCUUUUGCUGUUGCAGAUGCUGCUUUUCGAUUGAUGAGAAAUGAAGGAAAAAGCCAAGCAAUUUUAGUAAGUGGGGAAAGUGGAGCAGGUAAAACUGAAAGCACAAAGAUGAUUAUGUGCUAUCUUGCUUACAUGGGUGGUAGAGCUGUAUCAGAAGGGAGGACUGUCGAGCAACAAGUCCUCCAGUCCAAUCCUGUUCUUGAAGCCUUUGGAAAUGCAAAGACAGUAAGAAAUAACAACUCAAGUCGUUUUGGCAAGUUUGUUGAGAUUCAGUUUGAUGAGAGGGGAAGGAUUUCUGGAGCUGCCAUUAGAACUUACCUUCUUGAAAGAUCCCGAGUUUGCCAAAUAUCUGAUACUGAAAGGAACUAUCACUGCUUUUACAUGCUUUGCGCGGCACCACCAGAAGACAUUCAAAGAUACAAGAUGGGAAAUCCCAAGACAUUCCAUUAUCUUAACCAAUCCAGCUGCUAUGAGCUUGAUGGGGUAGAUGAUUCCAAGGAGUAUUUGGAAACUAAAAAGGCUAUGGACAUCAUUGGCAUCAAUUCUGAUGAACAGGAUGCAAUUUUCCGAGUAGUCGCUGCUAUUCUUCAUCUAGGGAAUAUUGAGUUUGUAGAUGGAAAGGACAUAGAUUCUUCUCAACCUAAAGAUGAGAAGUCAUGGUUCCAUUUGAGAACUGCUGCAGAGCUAUUCAUGUGCGAUGCAACGGCACUUGAAGAUUCUUUGUGUAAGCGUGUUAUUGUUACUCGGGAUGAGAAUAUUGUAAAAUCCCUGGAUCCAGAAGCUGCUGCUUUAAGUAGAGAUGCCCUUGCAAAAAUUGUCUACUCAAGACUGUUUGAUUGGCUUGUAAACAAGAUCAACAACUCAAUUGGCCAAGACCCUAAUUCAAAGUGCUUAAUUGGGGUGCUCGAUAUAUAUGGCUUUGAAAGUUUUAAAACUAACAGUUUUGAGCAGUUUUGUAUCAAUCUUACAAAUGAAAAAUUGCAGCAGCACUUCAAUCAGCAUGUUUUUAAGAUGGAGCAAGAAGAAUAUACUAAAGAAGAAAUCAGUUGGAGUUAUAUUGAGUUUGUUGAUAACCAGGACAUACUGGAUCUUAUAGAAAAGAAACCUGGUGGAGUUAUUGCUCUCCUGGAUGAGGCUUGCAUGUUGCCAAGAUCAACACAUGAAACUUUUGCUCAGAAACUCUACCAAGCUUUUAAAAAUCACAACCGCUUUAACAAGCCAAAAUUAUCUCGGUCUGACUUUACCAUUUGUCAUUAUGCUGGUGAAGUUACAUAUCAGACAGAGUUGUUCUUAGACAAGAACAAGGAUUAUGUGGUUGCGGAGCAUCAGGCUCUUUUGAGUGCUUCUAAAUGUUCCUUUGCUUCAAGUUUGUUUCCACCUCUUUCUGAGGAUGCUUCAAAAUCUUCAAAAUUCUCAUCAAUAGGCUCAAGAUUUAAGCAACAACUGCAAUCUCUGCUAGAAACUCUGAGUUCCACUGAGCCACACUACAUUCGCUGUGUUAAACCCAACAAUCUCUUGAAACCAGCAAUAUUUGAGAAUCAGAAUAUUCUUCAGCAGCUCCGGUGUGGGGGAGUGAUGGAGGCCAUUAGAAUAAGUUGUGCUGGAUAUCCAACAAGACGGGUAUUUUGUGAAUUUAUCGACCGUUUUGGCAUUCUUGCACCACAGGUUUUGGACAAAAGUUGUGAUGAGAUCACUGCUGUAAAGAGGUUGCUAGAGAAGACUGAUCUCCAAGGUUACCAGGUUGGAAAAACGAAGGUGUUUCUUCGAGCUGGUCAAAUGGCUGAACUUGAUGCCCGUAGAAAUGAAGUUCUGGGAAGAUCUGCUGCCACAAUCCAAAGGAAAGUUCGAUCAUACUUGGCCCAUAAAAAGUUCAUUUUGCUUAAGAAUUCAGCCAUACAGAUUCAGAUCAUAUGCAGAGGUCAACUUGCAAGACAGCUUUAUGAAAACAUGCGUAGACAAGCUGCGGCACUUAGUAUUCAGACAUUUUUCAGAAUGCAUCUUGCAAGGAUAGCUUACAAAGAGUUAUUGUCUUCCACUGUAACCAUCCAAGCUGGCUUAAGGGGAAUGGCUGCUCGUGAGGAACUUCUUUUCAGGCAGAAGACGAAAGCUGCCAUUAUUAUUCAGAGUCAUUGUCGCAAAUUCUUGGCACGCUGGAAUUACUCAAGGAUGAAGAAGGCGGUGAUCACUACUCAAUGUGCUUGGAGAGGAAAGGUUGCAAGAAGAGAGCUACGGAAUCUUAAAAUGGCGGCUAGAGAAACUGGUGCCCUUCAAGCUGCUAAAAAUAAGUUGGAAAAAGAAGUUGAAGAACUUACAUGGCGUCUGCAAUUGGAAAAGCGCAUGCGAGCUGAUCUUGAGGAAGCUAAGAACCAGGAAAAUGUGAAAUCGCAAGCUGCUCUGCAAGAGAUGCAACAAAAAUUGAAGGAAACUAAUUCUUUGUUGACUAAGGAGUGUGAGGCUAAUAAAAAGGCUGCUGAAGUAGCUCCUGUCAUUAAAGAGGUUCCUGUUGUUGACACAGUUCAGUUGGAUAAGCUUAGGGAUGAGAAUGAGAAGCUUAAGGCUUUGGUGAGCUCACUAGAAACAAAGAUCAAUGAAACUGAGAAGAAGUUUGAAGAAACUAGUAGAAUCAGUGAGGAAAGGCUGAAGAAGUCCAUGGAUGCUGAGACUAAGAUAAUUCAGUUGAACAAUUCAGUGCAGAGGCUCAAAGAGAAACUUUCUAACGUGGAAUCUGAGAACCAGAUUUUGCGACAGCAGACCUUAUUGCAUUCCUCAGUGAAAUCCAUAUCUGAGCAUUCAUCAAUUCCAACAACUCCUACCAAACAUAAUUUGGAGAAUGGCCAUCAUCAUGUUGAAGAUUCUAAGAGUGCCCCACCAGGUAUCAAGGACUACGAGAAUGCUGAUGCUAAGUUGAGCAAAUUUCAUGCUGAGAGACAACUUGAGAAUGUUGGUGCCCUAAUCAGUUGUGUCAGCAGAAAUAUUGGGUUUAGUCAGGGAAAACCAGUAGCUGCAUUAACUAUAUACAAAUGUUUUCUUCACUGGAAAUCCUUUGAAGCUGAAAGAACUAGUGUGUUUGAUCAUCUCAUCCAGAUGAUUGGGUCUGCGAUUGAGAAUGAAGAGUCUAAUAAUCAUCUUGCUUAUUGGCUAUCAAAUGGUUCAAGUUUGUUGUUUUUGCUGCAAAAAAGCAUUAAGCCUCCUGGUGUGGCUGGAGCUAAUCCACAUCGAAAACCUCCUGUUCCCACGUCAUUAUUUGGGAGAAUGACUCAGUCAUUUCGUUCUUCAGCAUCUUUUACCAACCUUGCUGUGGAUGGCCUGGAUGUUGUGCGCCAAGUUGAAGUAAAAUAUCCUGCCUUACUUUUCAAGCAGCAGCUGACAGCUUAUGUGGAGAAGAUGUAUGGAAUGAUCCGAGACAAUGUGAAAAAGGAUUUGUCUUCUUCACUGUCAUUGUGUGUACAGGCUCCACGAACAAGGUCAAGUAUGUUGCAUGGCUCUGCAAAUUCAUCUGGAAACCAAGUACAAAGUAACAACUGGAAGACCAUUGUUGAGUGUUUGGAUGACCUUCUCCAGACGUUGCAAGGAAAUUAUGUUCCUUCUAUUCUCAUUCAGAAGAUAAUUAUGCAGAUUUUCUCAUACAUAAAUGUACAAUUAUUUAACAGUUUGCUUCUUCGCCGUGAAUGUUGUUCCUUCAACAAUGGAGAGUAUGUUAAAUCUGGUUUAUCUGAGUUAGAAUUGUGGUGCACAAAAGCAAAAUCUGAGUAUGCUGGAUCAUCCUGGGAUGAGCUUAAGCACAUAAGACAGGCUGUUGGUUUCUUGGUCAUAUUCCAGAAAUCUAGGAUUUCCUAUGACGAGAUAGCUCAAGAUCUGUGCCCGGUUCUCAGUGUGCAGCAACUUUAUAGAAUCUGCACACAGUAUUGGGAUGACAAGUACGACACAAAGAGUGUCUCGUCAGAGGUUCUUUCAAACAUGCGGGCACUUAUGACCGAAGAUUCUAACGGCACAGAAAGCAGCUCCUUCUUGUUAGAUGACAAUUCUAGCAUGCCAUUCUCAGUCGAUGAGUUGUCUACUUCUUUACGUGCAAAGGAUUUCUCAGAGGUCAAACUAGCUGAGGAGCUCCUCCAAAACCCAGCCUUCCAAUUUUUAGAGUGAGGCUUAAGGGUUUUCGCCGCGCCAUUCAAGUGGUUGAUAUUCGUCAAUCGUAAAAUACUGUAAAUUCAUUCUUUCUCAUUAUUUUUUCCCAUUCUCCCUGUCAAAUUGUAAACAAAAAAAAAAAUGAAAAAGAAGAAAGAAAAGAAAAAUGUUUCAAUCCCAUAGAUAUUUAGGAUUGUCAUAGUGAGUCAAGAUGUGCAUCAGCCUUCUUGCCAUUAGGUUCUUGUCUCUGGUUCUCGGUGACAUUUAUUUGAUUCUUGGUUCAGUUCACAAAACU